AUGAUUACUGACAUCAGAUGCCGCAUCACUUCGCUUUUAUUGCGGAACUUACUGCCACAGCGCGUCAGUUUACCGAAAGUUGCUUUCACUCAAGUCAUUCGUCUUACUAUUCUAUUUUGCUAAUAAAUAUGAGUAUUUUUCGAUCAAAAUCAGCAUUACAGCCCGAAUCGAAAGCGUGCUGGAUCUCUCGCCUACGACAAGUGACAUUCCUGUAUAUAUUUUUCGGAUUUCUCUUGCUGGCUGAACAUUCAGGGGCGUUCAGCAUAGAGACACUGCAUACCAGAGUUUUUAAAGCACCUGUGGAAGGCUCACAUUUCGGUCAUCAGGUUUGCCAUUUUGGCCCAACUCAAGGAGACAGUGUGUUGGUGACGGCCCCUCACCUUGAUAAUGGCACUGGUGGUAUUUACAGGUGUUCUUACAGUGGUCAUCAAUGUAAACAACUCCCUGUGAAAGUUGAUCCAGGCAUUGCUUUCGGCUUGUCCCUCACCUGUGAUGCCCAUCAAGCAAUUGCAUGUGGUCCUCGUUUGAUGCUUCAGUGUGAGAGAUUUAAUUAUCUCAAUGGCCAGUGUGUGGAGAUCAGUCCUCACUUCACUGUGGCUGAUACACUGAAGCCAGCUUUCCAAGAAUGUCACAUUAUUCCCCCACUGGAUGCUGUUAUUCUGUUCGAUGACUCUGGCAGUAUCUCAGAUGAAGAUUUCAAAAUGAUGAUCAGAUUCAUCAAGAAGUUGAUUGGCUUGUUCUUGGACACAAAAGCCCAGGUUGCAGUGGCGAAAUUCUCCACAGAAGUGUCAGCUGUCUUUCACUUUGAGAACUUUGCAGUGAAUCCAGACCCUGACCAGCUAAUGAAAGACGUGACCCAGGCAAAGGGCAAAACAUACAUUCCUUCUGCAAUACGCUUUGUGUUAGAUCAGAUGUUUUCUGAGAAGGUGGGCAUGAGGAACAACUCUGAGAAGUUAUUGCUGGUGAUCACUGACGGGAUAUCAAGCGACAGCGAGACAUUUGACAAUGUCAUUUCCAUAGCCACUAAACGAGGAAUUAAGAGAUUUGCCCUUGGGAUCGGUGAGGACUAUUCCCACAGUGAGCUGGAAAAAAUCGCUUCCUCUCCUCAGUUUGUGUUUGAGACAAAGAGUUUCAGUGCUCUUACCUCGAUUCUGAGUCAGCUGAGGGAAAAAAUAUUCUCCAUCGAAGGGAUGGACACAGGGAAUCUCAGCUCUUUUCAGUUGGAAUUGUCACAGGGUGGCUUCAGCGUGGCCCUCUCUGAGGAUUUAAGGUUGUUUGGAGCAGUUGGGGCAUACUCAUGGUCAGGUGGGAUUGUGCAGGAUCUUCAUGAUCAACUGAUCAGUUCUUCAUUUAUUAAUGCCACAAACGCAGAGGAGGACAUCCGGGACUCAUAUCUGGGUUACUCUGUUGCUGUGGCGACAGUGAAUGGGGAUGUUGUUUACUUUGCUGGGGCGCCAAGAUAUAGACACAAGGGUCUGGUGCUGGGCUUCACACAGAACCGUCAGAACCACAGCUGGACCGUCUCGCACAGGAUAUACGGAUUACAGCUGGGCUCAUAUUUUGGGGCAGAGUUAUGUGUCAUGAGUGUUUCUGGGUUGUUAGCGGUUGGGGUUCCUUUAUAUCACGCUCAUGGAGUGGGGGGAGAGGUCCACAUAUGCCCAUUGAACACUGAGACACUGAACUGCUCCAUGUUUCUCCGUGGAGCAGUGGGGAAUGAGUUUGGGCGGUUUGGUGCUUCUCUGGCUGCCCUACAGGACCUGAGUGGAGAUGGCCUUGAAGAGUUGGCAGUGGGGGCACCUCAGGAAGAGCAGGGCAAUGGGGCAAUUUACAUUUUCUUGGGACGACCGGGAGGUAUCAGAAAAGAAUACAGUCAGAGAGUGAGUGGAUCAGCAGUAGGUAGUGGACUGCAGUUUUUUGGAGUCUCUGUUCACUCUGCUGGCGAUCUGACUGCUGACUCUCUCACUGAUGUAGUGGUGGGAUCUAGAGGUGCUGUUAUUGUGCUCAGAACUCAGCCGGUCAUGUGUUUGCCCAUAAACGUCACCGUUGACCCGCCAAUCAUUCCUCAGAAAUUCUUCCAUUGCUCCACUGCCCUUGGCCUCAACACUCCUGUUGCCACACUUACCAUUUGUGUCACCUUAAAGGAGGUUAUCAAGGGUAAUUUACAAGAUCCUUUCAGUGCUGUGAUAUCAGUGGCUCUGGAGCUGGACUCUCAGCUCAGGACCCCUAGGCUGUUGUUUGGCCCCAGGUCAGCCUCCUUUAUCUGGACCCCCAGCAGCAAACUCACCAGCAUUUCUCCUGUCUGCACUACUCUCUCCAUCAGCAUCCCGGAAUGUAUAUCAGACUACCAUGAGGUUCCUCUCUCUAUAAGGAUGAAUUUUACAGGAGAAGUGAUUCCAGGAACAGGAGGCCUGAGACCAGUGCUGAGCCCUGACUGCCACCCUACAUACACAGAGAUGGUGCUUCUGGAGAAGGUGUGUGGGGAAGAUCAUGUGUGCGUAUCGGAUUUAAAUGUUUCUCUCUCUUUUGUGAGUGACACAGUCGUGAGCACUGCAGGUUACCCUGUUAAUCUCUCAGUGGAGGUGACCAAUAAUGGAGAAGAUUCCACAGACACUGAACUGUUCCUUCAUCAUCCCACCAUCCUGUCCUUCACCCGUGUCAAAGCGUCUAGUGGACAAGUGUUGUGUGUGUCCAAUCAGAUGGAGCUCUCAAACGUCACACACACAACAUGCCGGCUUGCAAGAGUUUUCCGUCAGAGAGCGAAGACCACAUUGAUGAUGUCUUUCUCAGUAUCUACACCUGUAGCUGUAAACAAGCUCUUGGUUGUGAAUGCAUUAGCCAAAAGUAAAAAUGAGAACAAUGACACAAUGCAAGACAAUCUUGCAACUACGUCCGUGGUCACCAAACUUCCUGUUAAUGUUGUGGUGAGAGAUGGAGGCUCAACUCGAUUUGUGAGAUAUCCUCAUAGCACACAGCUUGAACAUAUAUAUACGGUGGAGAACAUUGGACAGUUGACUGUACCUGUGAAUAUUUCCUUUGUAUUGCCAGAGGACACGGGUUUAGGGUUUCCGUUGAGCUUGACUCUACCUAAAAUAAAUGGAACUGGUGCAACCUGUGAAAAGCAAGUUCUCCCCAAAAAUGCUAAAAGCUUCAAUUUGACACAGCUUUGUAAUGUUUCUACCUGUCAUCUGAUUGGAUGCACCAUAAACCUGUUGACUCCUGAUCAGCCAAUCAGCUUCAUGUUUACUUGGAAUUUCAGUUCAGGAAAGCAGGUGUCAGGUUUGCAGAUUAACGUCACGAGUUCAGGAUUUCUCUCGAUUGACAGUGAGCAGUUCAUCCAGUAUCCCCCCGAUGACUCUCACCAGCUCUCUAUUGUCACCGAGUUUGAGGUCCCAUCUCAGGCCCUUACAGUACUCAUUGCCUCGCUGUCUGUCAUCUUUGGACUCAUCGCCUUGACGAUCAUAUUCGUGGUUCUAUACAAAAGGGGUUUCUUCCAAAAAUUUCCAACUGAUGACCAAGACAACCCUGUGGUGCCAUCUGCUGGUAAGGAUGAAUUUAAUACAGUCAAUGCUGACCAAACUACAACACAAGUCCCUGCUGAGUCUGCUGGAGCCAGUGCUGUGGCUUAUGGAGAAGUUGGACACAUCACUGAAGAGAAGUCUGUACUGUAGUUCACACUCAUUCUAGAGAACUGAGGAAUUAUGACCUGUUUUCACUGUUCUGACAGAGUUCACCAGUCUAGAAAACACCAUGGAACACAAUGUCCAGUGUCCCUUGAUCUUUUGACAUAAAAUAGGUCAACAUACUAUGAACAUAUUAAGAACUCAAAACUUCCUUGCUAGUCCAAAAAGACAAUAUAAUGAAACUAAACUGCAAAAACUAGGGAUGCACCGAUCCGAUACCUGGAUCGGUAUCGGCUCUGAUACUUCAGCUUUUAGACAGAUCCCAGAUGUGUAUGACUUUCUUUCUUCAGCAGAACACAAAUGAAGAUUUUUAGAAGAAUAUCUCAGCUCUGUAGGUCCAUACAAUGCAAGUGAAUAGUGAUCAGAAAUUUGAAGCUCCAAAAAUCACAUAAAUCAAACAUAAAACUAAGGCACAUUAUGUGACUUUCAGAUGUUAAACGUGAAAGUGAAGAUUUAGAGUAAAAAAAAGGACUUAAAUAUUUUUUCUGUUUCUCAACCACACCUAUCAUAUCGCUUCAGAAGACAUGGAUUUAGCCACUGGAGUCGUAUUGAUUACUUUUAUGUUUCCUUUGUGUGAUUUUCGGAGCUUCAGAAGGUCCAAUCACAAUUCACUUGCAUUGUAUGGACCUACAGAGCUGAGAUAUUCUUCUGAAAAUCUUCCUUUGUGUUCAGUAGAAGAAAGUAAGUUAUACACAUCUGGGAUGACAUGAGGGUGAGUAAAUGAUGAGGGUGUUUUCAUUUUUGGGUGAAUUAUCCCUUUAAAUGUAAUAGCACAUUACUGUCGUAACUGUGAAAAUUGUAUUUCCUGCAGCUUGUUUUUUAUUAAUUGAGGACUUAAUAUACAGUUAAAUGUGCAAAAAGGAAAUAACAUGUUACAUGAUUUUAUUUAACUGUUUUAUACUAAAUCCAUUAGCAUUGAUCUGUUGUUACAUAAAUAUGUUAAAUGUGUAAAGUUUUUCUCAGGGACUAAAAAUGGUUCAAAGACAAAAAACAAAUGAAUUUUUUGCAGAAUGUAACUGAAAACGGAAACUAAGUCAAUUUCAAUUGUUCCGGAGUGAAAACGUCAUUUUUAAAUGCUGGUAACUAGUUAUAACCGGAUAAUUUAGUUCUGGUAAUUUUUUCAUGAAGCCAAAGGGUUUAUCACAGUAAAUGUUUGGAACUACACCACUAAAUGUUGCCUGAAAAAAAAUGAAACGUGCUUUGAUCCUGAAGGAAACUGCAGCAUCACACAUUUCUUUGCCUUAAUGCACGUUGUGGAUGAAGCAUUGAAUGAAGUCCUUUUUAACAACUAUGUAUAAUUAGUACAUAUACAUGCACAGCUAAGCCAGAUACAAUAAAAACAUUAUUAGAGGUAAAAAGUA